UUGCUACCAUUGCUUUGAUGGUAGUACGUACGAUCAUUACAAUCCACGCUCGAAUGUACAAAUAAAUGUUAGCUGCUGAAUAUUUCAAACAUUCUUUGUUGAAACAUGUCCAAAAAGUUAUUGCACCACGUCAACCGUGUGUCACGAUUAUUCCAGCCACUUAACGUCGUCCCAAAAGAUAGCAUACCUCAAAAUGAGGUUAAUUCAAAAAGCCAUAAGUUGAUGCUUGAUGUCGGAAUAAUAAAGCAGGCGAGUAGCGGAAUGUACAACCUACUACCUUUAGGGCUACGUGCGCUGGAUAAAUUACAUGCUUUAGUCGACAAGGAAAUGGAAAAGAUUGGCGCACAGAAAAUAUUGAUGCCUCACCUGACUCCUAGUAGUCUCUGGAAAAAAACAGGCCGCUUAGAGGAGGGAAUCCAAGAACUCUUCAUGCUGGCAGAUCGACACAAAAGAGAAUACAUUCUGAGUCCGACGUAUGAAGAGGCAAUCACGCAUCUGAUCUCUAUGAACAGUCCACUAUCACCCAAAACACUCCCACUCCGAUUAUACCAGAUUUCUAGUAAGUGGCGAGACGAGAAGAAACCACGACUGGGUCUUCUGAGGGGCCGAGAAUUUGUCAUGAAGGACCUGUACACUUUUGAUGUCGAUUCUGAAAAGGCAAGAGAAACUUACGAAAGUGUCUGUGCAGCAUAUGACUCCAUUUUCCAGAAAAUAGGGGUGGACUUUAUUAAAGUUAUUGGACAUGCUGGUCUCAUUGGUGGCUCCCAUUCUCACGAAUAUCACUAUCUCUCUGAUGUUGGGGAAGACAACAUUGCCACUUGCCCGAGUUGUAACUACUCUGCAAAUACAGAGAUACAUUCGGAAUCAACUUGUCUGAAGUGCCAGACACAUCUCCAGCACAAUACAGCCAUAGAGGUUGGGCACACUUUUCUCUUAGGAAAAAAAUAUUCACAGCCUCUGAAUGCAACGGUCUCAGUUAAUGGAACGCGUCAUCCGUUAGAGAUGGGUUGUUUUGGGCUUGGCCUGACUCGCAUACUCGCAGCAGCAAUUGAGAAGUUAUCAACAGAAGAAGAGCUGAGGUGGCCGAUUGCUUUGGCACCCUACAGAAUUUGUAUUAUACCCCCUAAGAAAGGCAGUAAAGAAGAGCUGGCAGCUGAUUACGCGGAAAGCUUUUAUAAAAUGAUAAACUCGGCUGGGAUUGAUGCAAUUCUUGACGACCGAACAGAAUUUACCAUAGGAAAGAGAUUGUUGGAGGCGAAAAGAACAGGGUAUCCAUACAUUGUGGUGAUUGGCAAAAGGGUGAUCAAAGAAAGCCCAUUAUUCGAAGUACAUGAUCUCAGCAAGAACGAGUUGAUAGUCUCCAGUUUCGAAGGUGUCAUAGACUAUCUAUUUACAGCAAAUGAUGACAAAAGUGAUGUUAACAACAUUGUGCUGUAAAUAAUUUCACAAACUAGCUCUAGAACAAAUAGUCCAUUGGUUUUCA